UGACUCAGAGAUUCAGCAACUUCGACGGCGAAAUGACGCAGAUGUACUUCUCUCAGCACAGCUCCGGGGAAUGGGUGAACGCCGCAGAGCUAGAGUAUGCUGCGGUGGGGGAGAGGCGGCCGGCGGCGUAUGCGACGCUGCACGGGCACGCGUUUUAUAGCAAGGCGGGGCUGGUGCUGAAGGGGGAAGCGGAGAAGAUUGGUAUAAAGGAUGAGACGGCGGAAGGGGGAGCGGUGAUGGACGCGGCGGCGGGUUGCGUGGUGGUGUCAGCGGAGCAUUUGGGGUUGGAGGAACCAGCGUGGUUGCAGUAUAUGAGAGAGUGGGGGCCGA